GAUUGCGUGCACACAUGCAUCAUGCAUGCUCCGUCCUUUCUUUGUAUCAAUGGCAUCAAUCCAUUUUGUGCCUGCCUGGUCAUGAUGGCCUGGUUGGUGAAUGCGUCCAAGUGAAACCUGAGGACUGGUGUUCAGGGCCCGUGUCAGCCAGCAAUGCUCAAGUCGUGAUCAUCUCUGGGAGGAUGGCCGAGGACGACCAUAAUGCGGCUCAGGCGCCGUUCGUGGCUCGAGCUCAUCUGCGGCGCAAUUUCUCGUUCAGUCAUCCCGGACGACCGCGUCGAGCGGAUCCUGAAGGGGCCGGCGGAGGAGGUGGCGCGGCUUUUCUCGACUUGCCUCCCACCCCUCGACCGCGAUUGCGGGGACAAGGGCGGCAAAACUACUUCCCAGCCACGCCCCGACAAAAUCGACGUCGGUCCUGGGGUCAUGAAGUGGCGGGGGAAGGUGGGCGAGUGAGUGGAGGACAGGCGGUGCCUCAUUUGGACGUUUUGGACAUUAGACGGGAUUUUCAGGCCACCAUACAGGAUGACGAGUUCGAUAACCUUGCGUUCUUGACCGAUCUAACGCUUUGCCCUCAAAGUUGGACCGCUCGAAUCGGUGGAUUAUUUAACUCAUCUCAUCUUUCGGAUGUGACUUUUGUGGUUUUGGACGAGAACGAAGAUGGAGAAGGGGUUUCCGGGAGCGGGACUCGUUUCCGUGCCCAUCGUUUCCUUCUGGCUCUAAGAUCUCCGGUGUUCGAGACCAUGUUCUUCGGUUCGUUGGUCGAGCAAAGCAACGAGAUUGUCGUUCCCGAUGUGACCCCGGCGGCCUUCAAGGCCAUGCUGCUGUACAUCUAUACGGAGAAGGUGUCGUUCCAAGAUAUUGUCAACGUCUGGCAUCUGUGGUAUGCCGCCCGGAAGUACAUGCUCGAGGGCUUGGAGGAUAUUUGCCGACGGCAUUUGAAAAUGAGACUGAAUCCGAAGAAUGUUCUGGACACCUACUUGUAUGCCGAAAACUACGGGGAUACCCAAAUGUUGUACGAAUGUCUCAAGUUGAUCGAUCGAAACGCCCAAAGCAUCUUGAACUCGUCCAAGUGCUCGACUCUUCCCUUGUCCAUCUUCAAGGGCAUCUUGAGCCGGAACACUUUGGCGGCCAAAGAGGUCGAAGUCUUCGAAAGCGUGAUCCGAUGGAGUCAAGCGGAAAUCAAACGCCGCCUAGAUGACGAAGAUGAGGGAGAGGUGCCGAGUUUGAGCGAGCUCUUCAAGGAGUUUCAACCCUUUAUGCGAUUCCAUGGCUUCACCAGUCAGGAGUUUGUCCACACAGUCUUGCCUUACGGUGUGUUGGACAUUGAGGCCAUCAGCAAGAUUUCGGCUAAGAUUCGUCACAAAGAAGAACCCGAGACGUUUCGCGAGAGUGAAAACACCCUUCUCUCUCCGGAGCCUCGAACUGGUCUCAAUCAGGCCAGGGAUCUCCUCUUCGAGAACGAUGAGGCCUCAAAUACUCUUCGCAACGCGAGAGUCCACACCCAGAAUAUCAAAGAUCAAAACCCAGUUCAGAGCAUGACACGAAUGGGACCGGGUUAUUAUCAAUGUGCCCGAUUCAACCCGGAUGAGGCCUUCAGUAUUGUGAACAAGUGGCCGGAUUCGUAUGUACUGAAGUUUCGAGCGGAUAGGAACAUUUAUCUCUUGGGGGCGUGCAUCACAGAAAAUGAUCGGCAGUUCUACAAGCCCAGCUUUCAUUUCAUCCUCAAGUUGAAGGACGUGAGCAAUGGACGAGUCAUAUCGGAAGGAACGGAGACAUUCAUGCGAAAGCCGUCGAGGAAUUUUGAAAAAGGACUGCCUAAAAGCGCUCUGAACAGUGGCCCCCAUGAUAUCAGUUUGAGGAAUAUCGCACAUAUCUACAAGGACAAAUGGUACGAGCUCUGUCUGACCAUCACGCUCAUGGACCGAGAUUCCGGAAAGGUGCCUAUGUUCAUGACCCAAUGUAAGGACAACGUGUCGGCCUUCGAUGUUAAUUUUGAGUUCAAAAGUCGGCACAUCCCCGACGAUAAGAAAUCGAUGGCCUCAUUGGAUGAAAUAAGGGUUAUUGAUGAGGAGGAAUCGCCAGAAGCAGAUGAACCAGACGACGGAUUCUUCGAUUCGAAUCUCGUCCCGGGUCUCUUCUCGAGACUCUACUUUUUUUAUUGAAUAGCUUUAUUUUUUGUUAAUUAAUUUUUAGAAUAUAAAUAUUUAUAUAUUAA